UUCACAUUGUGCCUACAGUGAUGUUUAAGCCGAGAUCACAUGAGAAACGUUCAAUGUCAAGUUCAAUCAUGAGUGUUAUUGUCUGUUCAGGAGAAAUUCUUCAUUAUAUUCGAUCCACUGGAUAAAGUUAGAUGGUAGAACUAUUUCUACUACCAUUAUUUACUCUGCAUAUACUGCACCAACUGGUAGCCCCAACGACUCCGACAGAUGUAAACAGUACACUGGUCGUUAGAAGUGUAGGUUCCUCUGGAUGUGUCAAGGGCAAACAAUACUACGACUUCGAUCAAGAAAAAUGUCGAAGAUGUCCACGUUGUAGAAAGGCUACCAACUAUUUGCAGUUUAAUUUCAGAAUCCGUCCACAACUCGGUGCAUUAGACUGCUUUCCUUGUUACUGCAAGCUGGGUGUAAAGUUUAAAAACGAUUAUUCUGACAGAUGCAGUGAGUGUCCUAUCUGUAAUACACAUGGACAUAUAAAUAAAAGCAAGGAAAUACCAACCGAUGAAUUUCAUGGAGCAUUUGAUUGUUAUCCAUGUAUUUGUGAUCCUGGAUACUUUGGUAAUGCCUUGACACAUCACCAGUGCACUGAGUGCCUUGACUGUCAUGGACAGAAUAAACAGUUCAAAACUAACUGUACACAGAACACAGAUUCAGAAUGUGGUGACUGCCUAAUAGGGUACACAAAAUCCUGGAUGGAACAUGCUGCAUGUGUGAAAAUUGAAACAACAACAGUUGUUCUAAUUCUCAGUUCAACUCCAGGCACAACAAAUCUGCUGGCAGUAGACAAUGGACAUGUCAAGACAUCUCAAACCAUACUAGUCGUCAUAUUGAUGAUUUCAACAUUCUCUGCAUUCUGUAUUAUCUUCCUGGUGUACUAUGUCAUCAAACAUUCAUCAUGCUGUAGUAUUGGGUAUCAUGAUGUAUCAGCUUCCACCUCUGCGGGCACACUCGCCCAGUCAAAGUCAUCAGUGAACAAGAACGAUAACCCGCCAGGACAUGUGCAUGUUGGUUCUACACAGACUAUUGUGAAUGCUUUACUUUCAGAAAGUACAGACUUCGAACAAAAUGAAGAUCCACAACUUGAAUGUGAUGGUUUGUUGGCUGGAGAUCGACAAAAGAAUGUGCGGAGAAUGUCAGAUGAUAAAAAUGUGUACAUUGUUUACCAGAAAGGUGACUGUAAUUCUGUGCACAUUGACACACUGCCAAGUUCAACAUCUUGAUGUUUCGUACAAAAUAGAAUAUUUUUGACAGUAAAUAUGUAUGUAUUGUUUGAUAUUAAAUAUAACUAGAUCUCAGAAAAUCUCCAAGCUAGAGAAAAAUCCUAAAUGCAAUAUUUUGUUUUGUAUUUUGUAAGACAAUAUCAAGUUAUUUUGCUCAUCAAUUCUUAUGAAUUAACACAUAUUCACAGUGACUGAAAUGGCAUAAUCAAUUUAAAAUCAGCGUAAUAUUUAUUUAGAAACAGGAUAUACUGCUCUUAGUUAAAAACUGUCUUAACAUAAAGGAGGACAGAACAAUUUGCAUAGAAACAAGUACUUCUGCCUUUAAAUUUCAAACUACGUUUUCAAUUAACAAAUAAUGUAACAGUACUCAAGUUAAACUCAUUUAGGCAAAGUUGAGCCAAUAUCAAUUGUUUUAGCUGUUCUGUUAAGUUUAAUUUGAUUUCGAUGCUCACAUAUGUUUUUUUCAUUGCAUUUGUCCUCUAUACCAUUUGUUCCGGUGUGUAUGCAUAUGUUUAUUCCAGAAACAUAUAUCCGUUAAAGCUGAAAAUGCGGCAUCAGAGUAAAAUAUUGCAGUUUUGUCGAACAAAAAGCUCGUGUGUCAGGAAAUGUGUUUGUCCCUUUUUUAUAUAUUGUUUUGCUUAUGAAAUAAGUAUUUUUGUUAUUACAUUACUUACUUUUUUUUACUAUUAUGUGAAACAUAUAAAAUCAAUUGCUGACUUGUUUAUAUAUAAUUUUCAGUAUUUUUGCUUCAAAUCAAAUAUGUGAUUCCUGUAACAUUUCAUUAUACAUUAUGCAGCGUACUUGCAUUUCAUUUCUAUUUAUUUAUCCUUAUUUAGACUGCACAUUAUUCAUAUGGUUAAAACCAAUAGAUUUUUUUACACAUACAUAUACACUCGCAAGCGUAUCACAUUUGUAUCAAUUUAUUUUUAUACCAGAAUCUCAAGCAUACAAUCAAGAUAAUGUUUUCAAUUUAAUUUUUCUGGCAGUUUCGAUAAAUUUUAACCAUGAACAACUGUUGUUAAUUAAGCCAUUAAAUAUGUAUCUUUGUUCGUUUUAUAUUAAUUGUAUAUCCUUGCCGAAACUUCAUUUUUUUCAGGGAAAAUUAUAAUUAUUUGAUAUGUUUUUAAGCAAAAAAUAUAGUAUCUGUAUUUUAUACUGCUACUCCAAACAUUUGUAAUAAGAUUUGAACUGUGAUAUUUCAUUUAAAUACUCGAACGCUGGGAGCGGGCAAACAUAUUUUAAAAGCAAGUAAUAUACAUGUACAUCGUAGUACCGUCUCUAAGUUGUAUUUUCUGAACUAGCUGUAUUAAGUGGAUGGAUAAGUGUUUCUCUUAAAUAAUGAUACUGUGUAUCUAAUUUGUUUUUAACAAUGUGAGCUUAUUUUUAUAAACGUAAGUUCAUUAAAUAUACUCUUUACCAUUGGGUAUACAAGCAUACGAGAAUAUGUUGCAUAUAUCAUUUUACACAUAAUCUAGCUUUUUAUAACGUAGCGUACAUUAUUCUGUUAAUAUGCAAAUAUCUAACUAAAACUAUACAAAUGAAACAAAACUAUUAAAUGUUGGGUAUAAAACCACAAGGCCAACAACAACUAUAGUAAUUACUAGUUACUAUUAGUUUUACAAAUUGAAAUGUCGUGAGGAAAUCAGAUAUUGUAUAGGUGGUUCGCUGUUGGUGUGGCAUACAUGCAGUUUCAUUUCCAUGAACACGAAUAUCUUUUGUUUACUUUAUGAAAUGGUUCCUUAUAAAAAAAAGUAUCAAAACUACAUUUUAG